AUGACUUGUUCUAGUGCAAAGGAUGUAUGGAAAAAGUUGGAUAGGAGAUAUGGAGGGACCAAAAAGAAGGAGACCACCAUUCCAGAUGUUUCAAGCUCAAAUAUUCAAGAUGUGUCAAGUAGUGGUCUUAUAGUGUUUGUCGAUAAGGAGCCACUCUCCUUCUCGCCGAACCACCAUGGCAAGCCACACCCAUCUCUCUCCAUCAUCAUCCUCCCAUCUCCAACUCCGGCAGCCCCUCACCGCCGCUCCGUAGCACAACUCUCCCAUACGACUGCAGUUCCACAACCACCGCCAGCCACGCGCCAGCAGACCCGAGCACCAGCUCCUACAGCAGCAGCAUCUCCGACGAAGCUUCACGGCGCCGACUUUAACUCCACUCUCCUUGCAACACCCGAACGCCAUCAACCCCACGAUCCCAUCUUCACCUUCAUAGACCCCACUACAGCAUCUCCAUCUUCCAGCAGCAACCACCAACCGCCGACCACUCCGUCGCCGCCCUCCAGGAACUCCGGUCACCCUCUGCAACCUCUGCUACCCAGCCCCGGCAACUGA